AUGGAAGACAUCACAAACCUGCAGGAGCAACGCACUCUUCACUCGCGUGCGGGAACCAAAGAAAGCCAACAGCCCUCGCAAGAAGAUGGGGAGUCGACAAACUUUCAGCGCGCCAGUGUCACUCUGGAUGCCAGCGUGAAGAUCUAUGGCAGCCGCGUUGAUUCGGUGCACACAAUUGCAUUCCAGACCUUGUCAGGCUUGUCACGGUCAGCCAAUGCGCCUGUGCAAGAUGAAGCGACAACAGGAUCUGCAGAAGGGGAUGAGAUCUCUGCAAGACCUGCCAAGGAGACAAAGCACAGCAGCCCGAGCUCGACCCUGGAGUCAUCCUUUGAGGCCCUCAACGUCAAAAAGUUUGACCUGACCUUUGCCAUGGAUCCUUUGUUCCGGCGCACAUCUGCGCAAUUUGACGAAGGCGGGGCCCGAGGUCUCCUGCUGAACAACCUCAGUGUCAUCAGAGGCCUGGAGCUCAUGUUUGACUCCUGCGGGUUGCUGGAGAGGAGCUUCCAGAGUGCCACAGCUCUUACAUCUGACUGUACGGUGUGCCUGGGACCGCUACAGGCCCAAGCUCAGGCCGCACUGGCAGGUGCCUCCAGCGCUGUCAUCACACCUGGGCUGACUGCGCUGACAGCUCAGCUGGCGUCUCCGCCACCAGAGCCGGACGCUGCCGCGACUGCCGAAUAUGCUGCCCUGAUUGCCAGUGUCCCAGGCUUUUCAGGAGCAUCCAGAAUGGGUGACUUCACGCCAGAGCCUCAAGAUGGCAGAGCUGAGAGCGAGUCAAUGCACCCAGAAGCAGAGACGGAGGGGAGCCCAGUGCAGCAGAUCAACGAGGACACCAAUGUUUUCGGUGAUGAUGGGCACUUCCCAGCGGCGGACUUCUCAGAUGAUGAUGGAGAUUUCGGCGCGCCUGAUGGGUUUGAUGAGGAAGCAGAUGAUGCUGGGCCAGGGGUGAUGCCUUUCACGAAGGAGCAGGAGCCCAGCUCAUCGCAGGCAGGCUCCCGGCGUGACUUCACAUCAUCCUUUCUUGCACUAUUUGUCUUGUGGCAGGAUGCAAGUGAGCAGCUCAGUCUCAGCGAGGCAGCCAUGCACCACCUGCUGGGCAGCGCGGGCGCGAGUGUGGACGCUGGUCUGGCGUGGGCGGGUGCUUCGCAUUGGCGCUACCGUACCCGCGCAGCCGUCAAGCCGACUGCAGCUGCUGAUGACUCGCCCGAAGCGACUGUCAAAGCCCCAUCCAAGCGCAAAGUAAGCUGUCUGGUGGACUUUGAGGCGCUCGGCGCAGUGCCAGAAGGCAAAUUGCGACAGGCAGCGCCGCAUACCAUCAGGCUGAAGACUGUGCGUGCCAAAGCAGACACCCUGCUGCCGGAAGACCACCACUACCAAGCAAGCGCCCUCAUGCAGCUCUUCCUGCGGCCCAACUCAAACGCAGUGCUGCGGUCGUCUGCACCUGGGGCAGCUGAGGACGCUGCAAGUUCAGCACGCCAGGACAUGUGGAUGGAGCACGACUUCAAUAAUGAUGACGAUGACACAUUUGGAGGAGGCAAUGGGCAAGCCGAGGUGGAGUGGGCUGAAGGAGCAGAUGAGGGUCCAGAUGGCCUGGUGGGUGCUCCUCGCAAAGUGGAGAGGGUCGCCAUUAGCUACGCUCAGGCCAGCAAACAGGUUGAUGUGCGCGCCCUCAAGGAGGCCCUGUGGAGCGCACUGCAGAGCAGGCAGUCCUCAGAAGACCAGUCCGCUGAGUUCGCCUUCCAGGAUGUCAUGGAAGAUGCGCUGGUGGGCGCCAGCGAAAGCCUCAUCAAGGAUCUCUCGGUGCAUGUCUGCUUCAUCUGCAUGCUGCACCUGGCAAACGAGCACACGCUCUGCAUCACCGGAGCCCCAUCCCUUACCUCCCUUGCCAUCAGGAUGACCUAA